AUGGUUGCUCCUCCAGCUUACUACCAAGAUAGUUUUGUUGAUCAUGAAUUAUCAAAGAAUUUAGACUCGACUUUUGCUUUUGAAGGUCCUGAAAAAUUAUUGGAAAUUUGGUUUUGGAAAUCCGAAACAGAUGUGCCAAGUGAGGCUAGUACUGAAGGAUUGAGAGCCAUCCCCAUGGAAUCAUGGGUCAAGAUUUUGGAUCUUGUCAAUUGUAAAAUUUUGUCAAUGAAGAGUGGUAAAUUCAUGGAUGCUUAUUUACUAAGUGAAUCUUCAUUAUUUGUUUUCCCUCACAAGGUUAUAUUGAAAACUUGUGGAACUACAACUACAUUGGCUUGUUUGAAGCAAUUGUUUGAAACGGUGAAAAAUUAUCUUGACACGUCUAUUGAUAGCAAAAAUGUUUACAAGAUUUUCUACUCAAGAAGAUCGUUUAUGUUUCCUGAUAAACAAGUUCAUGUGCACCGGGAUUGGAAAAGUGAAGUUUCAUUAUUGAAUGAGUUUUUCAGUUUGGGUAAAUCCUAUAUUGUGGGAAAUUUUGCUAGUGAUGAUCAUUGGUAUCUUUAUGUUGGUGGAAUGGAAGAAGAAGGAGAAGAAGAGCACCAACAAAAGGGGGUAGUGACUCGCCACCAACACAAGGUUGUUGAUCAAACUUUUGAAAUUUUAAUGACUGAGUUGGACCCUCAAUGUGCUGGUAAAUUCAUUUAUUCGAGAAAACCUGGUGAUGAAGCCGAAAAUGAAAACGAUGAUUUGGGACACAAUUUAGGAUUCGAUACCAUGGUUGAAACUGAAUUGGACUCUAUUUUUGAUCCAGUCAAUGUCAAUACUCAUUUGCCUUCACCAUCAUUAUCUGAUCUUUCUGAGGAUGAUGAUGACCGCGAUCAGCAUGAGUGUGUUACUACCAGUGGUGAUUAUGAUGGCGUCUCCCAACCAACCACUAAAGCCACCAAUUUUGAGUUUAUUCACGAUGCGUUUGCGUUUACACCAUGUGGAUAUUCAUCCAAUUCCAUUUGCUCCAACGUCAAGGGAGGCUACUAUUACACAUUACAUAUUACGCCGGAAUCUGGGUGGAGUUAUGCAUCAUUUGAAACCAAUUUCCCCUUUAAUGAAUCUUCGUACCCCAUAACUCAUGUACUUUGCAAAAUUUUAAAAAUUUUCAUGCCUCGUAAAUUUUCAAUGACGUUGAUUAACGAAAUUUGUGAAUAUGAUGCCAAUUAUCAAUCAUUGUUAAAAUCUGAUUUGUUGUUGUUGAAAGAUUUGGGGUACAAGAAGCAUGAGAAAGUGGUUUAUGAUUUGAAAAAUGAGUAUCAUUUGUUGUAUAUGAAUUUUGAAAAGAUUUGA